UUCAACUUCAUUUAUACAAAACACAUCAAUGGAUCUCUUCAUACUUCUGGUAAUAUGUCUUUCUUGUUUGAUUCCUUUCUUUCUGUGGAAUUGCAACCGUGCCAGAGGGAAGCUGCCGCCUGGCCCGACUCCUCUCCCAAUCAUUGGAAAUAUUCUACAGAUAAAUACUAAGAAUGUCAGCAAAUCUCUAAGGAAGCUAGCAGAGAGUUAUGGCCCUGUGUUCACUGUGUAUUUCGGCAUGAAGCCCACAGUGGUGUUAUAUGGACAUGAAGCGGUGAAGGAAGCCCUGAUUGAUCGGAGUGAGGAGUUUUCUGGCAGAGGCGGUUUCCCAGUGGUGGACUGCAUCACCCGUGGAUUAGGAAUUGUUUUCAGCAGUGGAGAAACAUGGAAGCAAACCCGGCGUUUUUCCCUCACGAUUUUGCGGAAUAUGGGCAUGGGAAAGAAGACUAUUGAAGACAGAAUUCAAGAGGAAGCCUUGUGUCUGGUGGAAGCGUUAAAAAAAACCAACGCAUCUCCCUGUGAUCCUACUUCCCUUCUGGGCUGUGCUCCCUGCAAUGUCAUCUGCUCCAUUAUUUUCCAGAAUCGUUUUGAGUAUGGCGAUAAAACAUUGUUAACCUUGAUAGAGUAUUUUCACGAAAACCUCCUAAUUUCAAGCACCCCCUGGAUACAGCUCUACAAUGCUUUUCCUCUUUUAAUACAUUACCUUCCAGGAAAUCAUCAUGUGUUAUUUAAAAACAUUGCUAAACAAUUUGAGUUUAUUAAGGAAAAAAUAAAAGAACACCAAGAAUCCCUGGACUUCAGUAACCCUCGGGACUUUAUUGACUACUUCCUGAUCAAAAUAGAAAAGGAAAAACACAAUAAACAGUCUGAAUUUACCAUGGACAACCUGAUCAUUACCAUAUGGGAUGUGUUUAGUGCAGGAACAGAGACAACAAGCACCACCCUGAGAUAUGGACUCCUGAUGCUGCUGAAGUACCCAGAGGUCACAGCUAAAGUCCAGGAAGAGAUUCACCGUGUGGUUGGCAGACACCGGAGCCCCUGCAUGCAGGACAGGAGCCGCAUGCCCUACACAGAUGCUGUGGUACACGAGAUCCAGAGAUACAUUGAUCUCGUCCCCAACAGUCUCCCACAUGCAGUGACUCAGGACAUUAAGUUCAGAGAAUACUUUAUUCCCAAGGGCACAACCAUAUUAACAUCUCUGACUUCCGUUCUGCAUGAUGACCAAGAGUUUCCCAAACCAGAUCGCUUUGAUCCCGGCCACUUCCUGGAUAAAAGUGGCAACUUUAAGAGGAGUGACUACUUCGUGUCCUUCUCCGCAGGAAAGAGAGCUUGUAUUGGAGAAGGCCUGGCCCGCAUGGAGCUCUUUUUACUACUGACCAACAUUUUACAGCAUUUCACCUUGAAACCUCUGGUUGAUCCAAAGGACAUUGACACCACCCCCAUUGUCAAUGGGUUGGGCAGUGCACCGCCCUUCUUUAAGCUCUGUUUCGUCCCAGUCUGAAGAAAGGUCAGGCUGCCAGAUUGCAGAGCCACACUCUGGCCUCACUUGAAUAUGCCAGAUGCUUUCUGUCCUGUGUGUUAGCCACUGUCCACCUCUCCUUUCACAUCAGGGAGGGCAUUCCUGACCCUGUCUCUUCUCAUUGUCUUCAUCCUUUAAGAUUCAGUUCAAAUUUGCCCGCAUGAAACAAAACUCAGUCUUAGCUUCCAAUUAAAUUCUUUGUGUACCCAGCCCUGAGAUCUUAUGCUGUAUCUCAUCUGCAGUCUGUACCAUGGUAAGACACCUUAUUCAUAUCAUAUUUUCUUCUAUUAAAAAUUAUCCCACAAGUUACAAA